UUUCCCCUCCCCUUUUGCGAGUCACAUGGCGGCUUUUCCGCUCUCUCAUGACAAUUUAGCGCAAAUAAUCGCAGGACGAGGCGUGCCAUGCUGCUAUGUUGUCAUUGGGCAUCUUCUUCAGCCACAGCUCUCGGUACCGGGCACUACUCGGCGCCGACCGUCGGCCUGACACACCAGCAGCACCAGCAGCAACCAUCACCACCAAGUGGACGUAAGCGGACAUAUUAAACAACAAGACUACAGAGUUGACGAAGCAGGAAGUGGGGCUAUAGUUUGUCGACGAACGCCAGUGGGCAAACUGAAGAAGCAGCCAUGUCCAAUGAACGCACGCCCCUCGUCACUUCAGGGGUGUGUGGUCUGACAGUGGCGUCGGCAACAUGCGGGGCCGUAGUGGACACGUCACCUGACUCCAGCUCUGGCACACCUAGUAAAGAGCCCCGAAAGCUCAACACAUUUUUUGGGGUGAUGGUGCCGACCAUUCUCUCAAUGUUCAGCAUCGUACUGUUCCUGCGAACAGGGUUUGUUGUUGGUCAUGCUGGUCUCCUGCAAGGUCUCCUGAUGGUGUUUGUUGCCUACACCAUCAUAAUGCUUACCAUCUUGUCUAUAUGUGCCAUUUCCACCAACGGGGCCAUACAAGGCGGCGGCGCCUACUACAUGAUCAGUCGAUCGCUGGGCCCUGAGUUUGGAGGAAGUAUUGGUUUGAUGUUCUUCUUGGCCAAAGUGUUUGCGUGUGGAGAAUAUGUUCUUGGUCUUGUGGAAGCUAUACUUGAUGUCUUUGGCAUGGAUGCUGAAACAUCCGUGUCCCAGGGUGUGCAUGUCCUUCCUCAAGGUUAUUGGUACACGGUGCUCUACUCCUCUGUGGUCCUCCUGCUGUGUCUGAUGGUGUGUCUGGUGGGCGCCCACAUCUACUCCCGCACCGCCUUCGCCAUCCUGCUGCUUGUCACCGUGUCGCUGCUGUCCGUCUUCAUCAGUUCUUUGGCUGUCAGUCCACGGGAAUUCGUCAUCACUCACUUGGGUCCUGGCAACCAGACCCUGCAUUACAAUGCUAGCUAUACUGGCUAUAACAUCACCACACUGAAGAACAACCUGGACUCUGGUUACUCUUUGGACUACAGCACAAACACCGUCAUGUCCUUUGCCACCGUGUUUGCCGUCAUGUUCACCAGCUGCACUGGAAUCAUGGCUGGAGCCAACAUGUCAGGAGACCUGGAAACUCCAAGUGUAUCCAUCCCCAAAGGUACCAUCGUGGCCGUCAUUUACACAUUCAUUGUCUACGUUCUCUUCUUCCUCCUGGUCAGCGCCACCUGUGACAGGACUCUGCUGAUUCAAGAUUAUGGCUUCCUCCAAAGAAUAAACAUCUGGCCGCCAUUUGUGACCAUUGGGAUAUACUGCGGUGCCUUGUUUGCUGCAAUGUGCUCCAUGAUCGGAGCAUCCCGAAUCCUGCAUGCUCUUGCUGUGGAUAAGCUUUUUGGUUUGCCAUUAGCACCCGCCACCAUCACAUCCAGUGCAGGAAACCCAUGGAUGGCCGUGCUUUACACCUGGGGGUUGGCACAGUGUGUGGUGUUUGCCGGUCAACUCAAUGCCAUUGCCAGCUUGGUAACUGUUUUCUACUUGCUUGCCUACGCUGCUGUCGACUUGGCUUGUUUGGCACUUGAGUGGGCAUCAGCGCCAAAUUUCAGGCCAACGUUCCAGUUCUUUUCCUGGCAUACGUGUCUGCUGGGCAUUCUGAGCUGUUUAGUCAUGAUGUUCGUCAUAAACCCUGUGUACUCAUCCGGCAGCAUCGUGCUCCUGUUAUUGCUGCUGCUCUUCCUUCACUACCGAUCUCCCACCAGCAGCUGGGGCUACAUUAGCCAGGCUCUCAUCUUCCAUCAGGUGCGCAAGUAUCUGCUGAUGCUAGAUGUGAGGAAGGACCAUGUGAAGUUCUGGAGGCCACAGGUCCUGUUAAUGGUUGCAAACCCACGAUCUUCCUGUCAGCUGAUCCUCUUUGUCAACCAGCUGAAAAAGGGAGGACUGUUUGUGUUAGGCCACGUGCAGCUUGGAGAUCUAGAUUCUCUGCCAUCAGACCCUGUGCAGCAACAGUACAACUUCUGGUUGAGCUUAGUCGAUAAGCUCGGGGUGAAGGCCUUUGUAGACCUGACGCUCUCUCCAUCUGUCAGACAGGGAACACAGCAUCUUCUGCGCAUCACAGGUCUCGGUGGCAUGAAACCCAACACUCUGAUCUUGGGUUUCUAUGACAACUGCACCCCUGAGGACUUCUUCCUUCAAGAUACUGCCUUUUGUGGCACAACAUUGGGACAAGGCGCUGAGGGCGAGUAUAAUUUUGGGGUUGACCUGCCUUCAUUACAGGCUCAUUUCCCUCCAGUCCGACAUGUUGAGAGCCCACGCUGGCUCUCGCCUGAGGAGUACAUUGGGAUCAUUUCCGACGCCAUCAAAAUGAACAAAAACGUGUGCCUCGGACGUUAUUUUUUCCACUUGGAAGGAGAGGGGAAACAGAGCAAAGUGGACGGGUCAGAGCGGACCAUUGAUGUGUGGCCUCUCAACCUGCUGCAGCCUGGCUAUCGAGAUUACCAGGACGUGUGCAGCCUCUUUUUACUGCAGAUGGCCUGCGUGCUCAACAUGUCCAGCAAGUGGCGCAACGCACGAAUGAGGAUCUUCCUAAACGUGGAGACGGAGUCCAGCGACCAGGGCUGGGUGGUCAACGAAGAGACGUUUCGAGACUUGCUGAAGAAACUCCGAAUCCGAGCGUCCAUCAAGAUCGUCCCGUGGGACUCGGUGGUGCAACACCACACUCAGCCAAUAGAGGGUGCUGAGGGGCAGAGCCAAGCUCUCUCAGAGCCCUUCUUGUCUGCAGUGAACUCUAUGUUAAUGGAGCACAGUUCUCAGGCUGCUGUCCGCUUCCUGUAUUUACCACGCCCUCCUGCUCAUCACAGCCAAUCCCAGAUGUACUUGGCUCAGCUGGAAGCAGUCACCAAUGCUUUGGGGCCAACGCUCCUCAUCCAUGGCGUCACCCCUGUAACUUACACUGAUCUGUAAGCAUCUGUGUUUGUACAAACUCUUUCCUGACUUAUUUAAGUAUAUAUAAGCACUGGUUACAUGUAAAUGAACACAUCAUGUGGAUGCAAUGGUACAGCAUAGCAAAGACUCACUGGCCACUCCAUUAGAUACAUCUAAUGAGCUAUAGGAGCUCUAUCUUUACAGAAAUGAACAAUGCCAGAGAGGUAUUCAUUUACCAAUAUAUUUAUUACUGUGGCAAACAUAUUUUUACUUACCUGCGGAUGAGUGGUUAGCGCGCAGACUUCACAGCUCGGAGACCCGAGUUCAAUUCCACCCUCGGCCAUCUCUGUGUGGAGUUUGCAUGUUCUCCCUCUGCAUGCAUGGGUUUUCUCCGGGUACUCCGGUUUCCUCCCACAUUCCAAAAACAUGCUAAGUUAAUUAAUUGGUGACUCCAAAUUGUCCAUAGGUAUGAAUGUGAGUGUGAAUGGUUGUUUGUCUAUAUGUGCCCUGUGAUUGACUGGCGACCAGUCCAGGGUGUACCCCGCCUCUCGCUCGAAGACAGGUGGGAUAGGCUCCAGCACCCCUGCGACCCUCGUAGAAAAUGAAUGAAUGAAUGUCUUACAAUGGCAAUGAAAACUGAGUAUUAUUACUUUUGCUCCGGUAUUAGAUCACAUUAGAUGGUGUGGGUGUACCUAAUGAAGUGUCUGGUUGGCGAUUGACACUACAUUCUAAUCUGUUACUGUCAGCCAAGUGGAUACGCACCCUUGAGUAUUGUACGUUCUAGUAGGGUAUUUUCCUAUACCGUUUCAUGCACUUGAACUCCUUUAGUGAUUAUUACACAAUUAUCACACUGUCUUAAUGAGCUUUUUUUUUUUAGAAUGCCCAUAUAAAGAGUCUUAUCAUCGGGGAUGUAAAUUGGAAUUUUGUGGUAUUUGAAAGACAAUUGUAGAAUCUUUUUCUUUAAAUCAUUUUUUGCAGGGCCAAAUUUUCAAAUAAGGGAACAAUUUCAUUUACACAAGUCUACUUUUUUAUAUGCAUACAUGCACAAAGGAGAGUCUAAUCAGUCACGUACCAAUGAUGGAUCCAAUUAGGUAAAGAUUGUUACAGACAAGUUAUCCUAUCACAGGUGUAAUGUAGCAAAUGCACUUCUUUUUGUGUUACAUUGUCGUGUUUAACACUGCAUGUUACCUCAGCAGGAACAGGAACUUGCUAAAAGAAACGGCGGCAAACAUGACUCAGCAACAGUUCAUGAAACGCCACUAAAUGUACGUCUUUAUAAACAUGCAUAACUCUUGUUUGUGAAAGGCAACUGAAUGUAUACUCACAGGUCAUUAGGUGCACUAAUCUUUAAUAAGAUCCAAUACAGGAGCGGUCACAAACACUGCCUUUACUAGAAUGAAAAAAUAAAUUAGAAAAAUAUUAUAUUUGUGUGUUUGACAGUGCUCUUGUAUUGGAGCAUAUAAGAUAGUGCAGGUGUACUUCAUGUUGUGGCCAAUGAGUAUAUCUUUGUAACCACAGUAGUGCUUCAAUGUAAUAAAUAUCGUGUUGUUAAUGUUGUCUUUGUGAUUACUAGUAGACGUGUUCUGCACGUUUCCGGUACGGAUCGCUGAGUACUUCCUGUUAGCCCAAUCUUGUGUAUCGUCUCAUUUUGUGACAUCCCUAGAAACAACACAACUUCAACAAAACACGUUACACAACCAAAUAUAAACUAAAAUAAGCAAAACUUAAACUUUCGGGCCUUUCAGAAAGCAUUCAGUUUUUGUUUCUUGUUGCUCAUUUUCUUCACCUUUUCAGCUUGCUUGUGUGGGUAACUCGCCACCCCCCCCCACCCCAUUUCGUGUCCCCAAAUAUGGCACCACUUAACCAACUGUCAGACAACCAUGUUGACCAAUCAGAUUCAUCAACCAUCUUCAUC